UAUAAAUUCAAAAACCUGAUAGAUUCAUAAAUUCAUAUACCAUUUUCGGAUACUAAGUUAAUGGCUAGUCCUGCUAUUCAAGUGUGUUUGCAAACAAUUCGGGAUUUGCUUGUCGAAGAAACCAGAUUUUUAUAUGGUGUAAGCGAUGCAGUUGAGAAAGUCGAGAGGGAGCUGAAUACCAUCCAUUGCAUCUUGAUGGAUGCUGACAAAUGGCAAGACAAACACAAAACUGCCAUUUUACGCGAUUGGACCGCUCAACUCAACGAACUGGCUUCAAGAGCUGAGUAUGUGCUUGAAAAAUAUGCUGUUGAAGUCACAUCCAGAAGAAGAGGUGGAAACCUGAUCGAAAAGGUCAAAAGAUUUAGUUGCAUAUUGGGUGAGUGCUCAACGGUCCAUCAAAUCGGGGAAGAGAUCGAAGCCAUUAGAUCCAGCCUGACCGUUCUCACUGGGAAGUUGCAAGUGAUGGCCCCAUGGGGGAGCUCCUCUAGUUCAAGAGAGGAUCAACAACAUUUGUUGAGAAUAACUUUCAAACACGUAGUCAAACAACAUUUUGUUGGCAUGGAAAAGGACAUAGAGUCUCUGGUAUCACUCGUGAAGGAUAAAUCGAACCCCGUGAUUUCGAUUUAUGGAAUGGGAGGCCUUGGUAAGACCACUCUUGCCAGGAAAAUUUACCACCACGAAGAUGUGAUACGUGUUUUUGGCAAAGCUCGUGCGUGGGUCUGUGUUACACAACAAUUUCAAGCUACCGUUGUUUUAAGACAAAUUCUGAAGCAACUCCUUCCUGAUGAGGAGAAGGAACAAAUCAGCAACAUGGAAUAUUCUGAAUUGGUGGACAAACUUCACGAUGUUCAGAUGCAGAAAAAAUGUUUCGUUGUGAUUGAUGAUAUAUGGGAGAGCGAUCACUGGAGCAUCUUAGAGCGGGCUUUUGCGAUGGAGAACGGUCAAUGUAAAAUUUUGCUGACCACUCGUUACGAAACAGUUGGUCCUAGAGAAUGUUUGUACAAACUCCAUUGUCUAACUAAAGAUCAAGGUUGGGAGUUACUUCAAAAAAUAGCACUUCCAAGAGGUCAGUUUCUGCCAUAUAUCUUGUUAUAUCUUCGUAUAGAGCUCAACACUAAGCAAAGUUCAGUAUUGGAAGCUAUAGGAAGACAAAUGGUCCAAAAAUGUGGCCGUCUGCCAUUGGCAAUUACAGUUCUUGGAGGUAUUUUGCGCGAAAAAAGUACACCGAGCGAGUGGCAGAAGGUCAAUGAAGACGUUGAUUCAUAUUUGAAGCGUGGGAAUGAAAAGGUGAAACAAGUAUUGGACUUGAGCUACAAUGCCUUACCUUAUAAUUUAAAGCCGUGCUUUCUCUAUUUAGGAUGUUUCCCCGAGGAUGAAGAAAUAGAUGCAGGAAGAUUGUAUCUAUUGUGGAUGGCGGACAGCCUAAUCCCUUAUGAAGAAAAGGGCAAAAACGAAACUUUGAGGGAUGUGGCUGAACGUUAUUUGAGUGAACUAGCAUCUCGGUGUAUGGUUCAAGUACAAAAGGAUGAGUAUUCCAGUGCUUAUAAUAAAUUCACAUCAUGUCGGCUUCAUGAUUUGAUGCGUGAUCUUUGUUUAUCAAAGGGACAAGAAAAAGGGUUUCUCAAGCUCGUUGAUCUCUGCAAACAACAAGCAAAAUAUGAUAGCACUUGUGUUGACACUGCAAGUAGAUUAGCAAUCCAUUAUAAUCGAGAUCAUUCAGAUGAGUAUUUCAACAGGCGAGGAGUCGUGAAGAACCUGAGAUCUCUUCUACUCGUCAAUGAAGGAUGGUCCAAUGUAGUGUUGAAAAUUGGUUCUAAGGGUUGUGGAACCGAUUUCAAUAAGUUGAAACGCCUCAGAACUCUCGCACUGGAAAGUGGUGAAUUUGUAUUAUCUAAAGAGGUUGGUAAGCUAAUUCAUCUGAGAUAUUUGAGUUUGUUUGGGAGCAUUGUGGUAGAGCUACCAUUGUCGAUUACGAACUUGACAUAUCUACAAACGUUAGAUUUGAGGAUGAUGUUGAAUUUUAUAAACGUGUCGAAUGUGAUUUUUAAGAUGAAAAGAUUGAAGCAUCUAUUCCUCAACCAGAUACAAGUCAUCGGAGAUUACGGAGACAAACUAAUUUUGAAUGGUCUAGAGGAGUUUGAGACAUUACAUGAUGAGUCAUUUACUUCGUGUGUUCACAUUUCAGAUAUCCCCAGAUUGACAAAUUUAAGAUAUCUGAAAACCGAUGUUAGUGGUAAAGAUGAACUCUCGAUCAUUGCCAAUUACAUGAGCAGCGAAAACAUCCUUCUACGUGAGGCACAUCUUCAAAUUUCUCGAUGCGAUUUCAAUUCGGAGGAACCAUCAAAUAAUAAUAAUAAUAAUAAUUUAAAGAAUAUGUUGAUGUCUCCUUCACUCACCACUUUGGUACUCUCGACAAGCUUUAUAAAUUUUAUUUUCCCAAGAUAUCAACGAGGUAUGUGUACAAAUUUGGUUAACUUCACACUUCGGGGUCGUGGUAGAACUGAAAGGGAUGAUUUGAUGGAAAUACUAGGGCAAUUCCCCACGUUAAAAAAGCUCACGUUGUACGCUACAGUAUUCCUCAACAGAGAAAUGAAAUGCCUUGCAACUUCAUUUCCACAACUCAAGUAUCUUACCCUCACUGAGUUACAUAAUUUAGAGAGAUGGGUGGUGGAUAAAGGAGCAAUGCCCAAUCUUUCUCGUUUGCGGAUUUAUUCUUGCGACGGAUUGGAAAUGAUUCCCGAUGGAUUGCAAUUCAUCACUACCCUUCAAGAAUUAGAAACGUAUAUGGCCAAAGAGUUCAACGACAGAUUACGUGAAGAGGUGAACGGUCAACCAGGACAAGAUUAUCACAAACUCCGUCAUGUACCAUCUAUUUUACUUAAAGAUCGACAAUGAUUAACGAAAUUGAAAAUAGCCAAAUAAUCCUUUCCCCUCGAUUGUUUCCCUUUGUAAUAUAACAACAACAAUGAAAAAGUGUAAAAACGUAUCUAACUCCCUUUCUUGUUAAUUUUUUUUUCAAUGAUAUUCAAAUCUCUAACAAUAAUUUAAUUGAGUUUGUGUGGGUGUAUUUAUUUCAUAAUAAUCUUUAAAUUCUUAUAUAUCUCAAUUUGUACUAAUUUUUAAAUUAUUUAAAUUCAUUUAAAUCUACCACUUACUUCCUCAUUUGAAAUAUUCCCCAAUGUCUUCCAUAAAAUUCAAAUUCCUCAAAUCAAAUAUACUCUAACAAAACACUAACACUAAUUUAUAAAUGAACUUGAGUAUUUAAAAGUCCAUAUGAAAUAUUUUCUAAA